AUGUGGGGUGAGUGCGUAGGCUGUGGUCGCGUGGGGGCAAAGCGGACGAUACCGCACCCUUCCGAUGGGCGGUGCGAGAGACCGAACGGGAAGGAUAUAAGGAAUUCAUUGGAGUGCGAGCGCGCUGAAGAUACAAAUGUAAGGGCAACUUACCUCCUGGAUGUAUCUAGUCGCCUGGUAACUUAUUACAAGUCGCGUAAUAUAACGAGGAAAUGCGUUGCAAGCGAGCUGCUGCGACGGCUCGACAGCGCGGACUGCAAAUGCAUCGGUGUUUGCAAGGGGUGGUGCACUCUGAGUAAGCGAGACUUCUACGCCCGCCCAUCUGCCUCAUGCCUCAUUUUCCCGCCCUACUGUCCAUGA